AUGGCAGAGUCUAGCAAGGCUAUGCAAAUUGACAAAGAGCAUUUUGAGGCAGUUUUAGGAUGUGUACACGAUGUUUCGGUUGUUGAAGAAGAUGGUUCUGGUGUGAUAGAGGCGUCUAAGACGGUGAAGCCGAAAUCCAGUCGAAGGAGCCUCGAUUUUACGGGAAAACACGUGUUAACACCGGAAUCAAAGUCUAAAAAUCUUCUGAAUACAAAGCGAUUUCAAAUUGGUAAGCAAAUAUAUUUAUAAUUACUGUAAAUACCAAACAUUUUCAUUUGAUACAUUGUAUUUGUUUAAAUUAAUACGCACAUUAUUAAAAGUAUAUAUUUUAUAUAUUUGAUACUGUAAUAUCUUUUGCUGGAGAUUUUUAUCAUAUUUUAAAACUAUUACAGCCAGGGCCUUCGCAAUAUUGCUCACCGUAGCUUUACAUAAGUCCCACUUGCCCAACCCCCCUCCCCCGUUGUUAUUAGGAAAAGUUAAAGUAGAGAUGUUAGCUAGGUUGUGCAAUGUCUGUCUGUAAUAAACCGAGUAUAUCCACAUUACACCACAUUACACCAACACACAUUACACCUAGAUUCUGUUCCAAAAUAUCACAUGCUUGAACAGGCAUAUUUUUCAAGCUUGCCCGGUGUGGAUAUACACUCAGAGUAACAUCACAAGCAUAAUAUUCACCUGAGUACAUUACACCAACACAGAAAAAUCACUAAAGCAAGCAUUGUGGACAGAUAAAUGUCAAGCAUGUGACUGGUACUGCACCAGCUCCCAGUGUGAGACAGGGCUUUGAAUGAUAUUGAGUUGAUGAAUUAAGUCAUUUUCUCCAUACAACAAUCUUUUGGCUGUCAUAUGUUACAGAAAACAUGCAUUAGAAAUGAAAUACAGUAUAAAUGUUUUUUUUCCAUAUUUGGUUUAUACUAGGAGAGAAGCCAUCUGGUAGAGAAGUGAAAAUAAGGCAAGAGUUAUUGGAAGAAAGACUGGAAGAAAGAUUUGAAGAGAAAGCAGGUUGUACAAUCCAGCAAGUAAAAGCACUGUCACUAGUUGGUGAGGGGAAUACUUCUGAAACUUCAAAGACAAUGUUAACAAGAGCAUUAAAACGGGCGUUCCCUUCAGUGAAAACAAAACGCACACAGGAGAAAGGGUAUCCUUUGAUAAAAUAAUCUCUAAGUAAUGUUUACAACAUGAGCGGCCGUGUUGUAUCAGAUAUUGUAUAUCUGAUACAACACAGACGCGAAUGUUGUAAACAACUUAAAAAAUGACUCAUCUUAUGAGUUCAUUGGCGAAGUAAUUUUAAAAAUAAACGUUGUCUAAGCCGAGAAAAUCAAAGUUAAAGUUUAUGUAAAUCAAAGUGAAUCUGUAUCACAUAUACAGAUACGACAUGCUUAUGAUUUUUCUUUGUGUUUUCUUCAUGAAUUAUUAAUGAGUUUUUUAAAUAAUCUUACAACCAAUUUUAGUGCGAAAUUAGAAAUACUGUAUUCUUUAACUCGUGUCACAGGGUCUUUUAUGUCAACAUUAGACCAAAAUCUUUGUUUGCCAGUGUGUUGUAUGUAGAUUCUCCUGAAAGUAAGUAUUGA